UGCGCGCCGCCGCGCCGUUCCCCGCCUCCCCCCGCUCCGCCGCUUGCGCGUGCCCGAGCCCGGGGCUGCCUCUCCGUCGCAUCCUCCUCCUCCUCCGGCGGCGGCGGCGGCAGCGCCGGGGAUGGGCAGCGAGAGCGCGCCCAGGAGCAGCCCGGGCCCCGCCGCUCCCCGCUGCUCCCGCGCUCGCUGCUGCUCCUGCCCCGCCGCCCCCCGCGCCCCGGGGGCAGCGCCGCCGCCGCGCUACCCGCAGCCCCCGCCUCGGACGGAACAAAUUAUGACAUCAACAUCUAAAGGAAUUUUCCGGCCAUUUUUUAUUGUCUUCAUUGUCCUUGGUUGUUUCAUGGCAUUUAUACUAAUUUAUAUUAAACCAACAAGCAGCUGGAUCUCUAAUCCUGUGGAAUCAGCCAGCUCAGUUUUGAAAAUGAAGAGCUUCUUUUCUUCCAAAACUGAUAAUUUUAAUGAAACUAUUAUUUUGGUUUGGCUUUGGCCAUUUGGCCAGACAUUCGAUCUAACAUCCUGCCAAACGAUGUUCAACAUCCAUGGGUGCCAUCUGACUAUUGACCGCUCACUAUAUAACAAGUCCCAUGCAGUUCUCAUACAUCACAGGGACAUUAACUGGGAUCUGACUAAUUUACCUCAGCAAGCCAGGCCACCAUUCCAGAAAUGGAUUUGGAUGAACUUGGAAUCUCCAACUCAUACUCCACAAAAGAGUGGCAUUGAACACCUCUUUAACCUAACCCUGACUUACCGGCGUGAUUCAGAUAUUCAGGUGCCUUAUGGCUCCAUGAUAGUUGGUACAGGCGCCUUUACAUAUGAAGUGCCAAGUAAAGAAAAUUUGGUUUGUUGGGUUGUAAGUAACUGGAACCCUGAGCAUGCUCGAGUCAAGUAUUACAAUGAGCUUAGCAAGUACAUUGAAAUCCAUACCUACGGGCAAGCCUUUGGAGACUACGUCAACGAUAAAAACUUAAUUCCAACUAUCUCCAGUUGCAAAUUCUACCUUUCAUUUGAAAAUUCAAUCCACAAAGAUUACAUUACUGAGAAACUUUACAAUGCUCUUCUGGCUGGAUCAGUACCAGUUGUACUGGGCCCCUCCAGAGAAAACUACGAGAAUUACAUUCCAGCAGACUCUUUUAUCCACGUGGAAGAUUUUCUAUCCCCAAGAGAGCUUGCAGAAUAUCUUCUGAUGCUUGACAAAAAUAACAAGAUGUACCUUAGUUACUUCAACUGGAGGAAGGAUUUCUCAGUGCAUCUUCCUAAAUUCUGGGAAUCUCAUGCAUGUCUUGCUUGUGAUCAUGUGAAAAGACACCAGGAAUACAAGUCAAUUGGAAAUUUAGAAAAAUGGUUUUGGAACUAAUUUGUGUGUGUGUAUGUGCACUUUUUUGAAGAAGAUAAUGGAUCUUUAGUCUAAGUGGAGAGUAAAGGAAUAAGGAAAAAAGAAGGAAGGAUGAACCUCACAGAACCUUACGUCAAGGUUUAUCAGCCAUCCUCUCUUGGCUAUUCUAUUUAUAUUUUGUAAGAGAUUUUAAAAAUUAUGAGCAGCAGUCAUCAAAACUCAGUUUUAAAUUAUAAUGUACAUACUAAUUAUGUGCACUGAAGAAUAUAUGAUUGUUUACUAUAAUUUUUAAACAAGAUUUUUCACAUUUUCUGUGGAGUAUGCCUCAGUCUUACACAUAAAGUUGACAUUUAAACAUCUUUUUCUUGUUUUUUUUUUUUUUAACAUUUUAUUCACUGUUUAAUCUAUUUGCAAAAUGAGAACACAACUCCUAGAUGCCAUAGAGAAUUUUAAAAGGAUAAUUUGCUCUAUUGGUCUGAAAUAUGUGUAAUAUCUAAUUAAAAAAAAAAAAAAAAAAAAAGACGAAACAGUACAGUUCAGUAUCUACAAUUAUUUCAGCGUUUUAAACUGCAUCCCUUUUUACUGGUGUAGAAUCUAGAAAUACAGUUUUUAAAAAAGAUUCACAGUAGCAGACAGUCUUUGUUUAAGAAAAAAAAAAAGUUUCCAAUGAACAACUCCUAGAGUUACUUUAGCAAUAUGUCCGUUCUUACCUUCUGAAGAAUGGAGAAGCAAGAUAUUGAGAAAAUAAACAAUCUUAGUGACCGAAGCCCUGAUUCAUCCAACUUUUCAGUGAAUUUAAAUGUAGCGCAUCCUUAAGUUUCCUUGUGUCUCAAGUACAGUUUAUGUGAACCAGGGCUGUAAUUGGUAAUAUACUGAUGCAGAAGUAAACAGAUUUUAAUUUAUGUAUUUGAUUGAAUCAGCCUUAUGCACUGAAUUCAGCUAGUAGUAGUAAUUGUUUAGAAAUAGCUUGUUGAGAAAUUCUAGAAAUUUCUCUCAUAAUCCUUUUUAUAAUUGUGGUGUUUCUCUCCACUUCUAUAAAGGUCUGUUGAACUUUAUUGGUAGAUGGAUGACUUGCUGAGUGGCAAGUUUCAUUUCUGAAAGAAAUAUGCUGAAAAUCAGUAAAUAAGUUAUCAUGCUGAAGUAUUCAACCAUUCAACUCAUUAAGCUAAUGAGUUUUGGUUUUUCAAACUAUUUUAUGUGACAGGUAUAAACAACAGCAAUCUCAAGAACAGUAGAUGCUUUCAAAGGGAAGUUCUUACGUUUUAAAUUUGCUCUGAUAGCAAAUACAAAAAUGUGAUGAUUGUCAUGAUUGUUUAAAAUAUGUCUGUUUCUAAUGUCUGUUAUUUGAUCUUAUUACUAUUUUUUUCAGCAGCUAAGAGUUAAAUACUGGAUUGCUAUGUAUUGUCUUAUGUAUAAGGUUUGUUUAAUGACAUGGACAUACAGAUAUAUUUUGGUAGCAACUGAAAGCCAACCAGCUUGUUUUUUUCAUGCAAAAAUAUUACAGAUUGCUCUUACAAGUGAGUUGCAGUCAGCUCCAGAAUCAUAUGCCUACUUUUUAGAUAUGUUUAAAACCAUACUAGAUAUGUUCAUUCUUUUCUUUAAACUACAGACAGGGUUGUAAAAGAAAUUGAAAUAAAUGUUAAAAGUUACAAAUUCACUGGUAAACAUCACAGAGCAAACUAGCAUAUUAUUCCAAUAGUUAACAUGUGAACAUUGACUUUAAACUUUUAAGACUAUCCCUAAGUAAAAUGAAAUGAGGGGUAUAAAUGUUGAAGGAUGAAGGUGCACUUUACUUUACUGUGAACAAAUAUACAUCCUGCUACUAAAGUAAGGCCUGGUAAAAGAAGCUAUAAAAAAAUCAAAAGAUGAAAAUAUUAUAAAAGUUAAUGAAAAACUUCAGUUUACGUGAUGUAGAAGACCUUAUUCAAACAACAUAAUUGAUCAAAUAUGAAAGAUUAAACCUGAAGACAACAACUCUGAUGAAGGGAUUAAGGGAUAAGUGAUGAUAAAAUUUAGCAAAAAAUAAUGUGAUCUGUGAGAUACUUCUUUUACCUCAGGCUGGAAUACAAAUAUGGAAGGCUGUAAGAGAAAUAUAGUUUAACUUCUAAACUCAGAAAUUCCUCUGGAAAUGUUACAGAAAAACUUGUGUUCUUCCCUAUGGCUUCAAAAGCUGUUUUCUGAUCCAGGUAUUUAUUUAUUUUGUUUAUUGCUGUCUUCAAAAGCUUAUUUACAAGAUAUGUGAGCCUCCUAGAUUCACCAGCAUUCCAGAAGGAAACAAGAUGAUCUUAUCUUACAAAUUAAUGCAAUAGAAGGAAACAUAGUCUUCUGAAAACAAAAUGCUGACAUAUAUGUAAUGUGAAUAGCAUUUAUGUCAUUUUGAAGGCAAGUGGCUAUUACCUACAUGAACAAAGCCUUUCUAUUUCUUUAUACCUUUUGUUUUCAGGAGGGUUGUGAAGUUCUCAACUGCUGAAAAUGCCAUUGCUAUGGCUAUGUAACCUGAUCUCCUUGAUGAUGGAAUUCAGAAUUUUUUUUCCAUUGACCACUAGAAGUAUAUUCACCCUUUUGUGAACUUCCACAGUCCCUUACUUCAUUCCUCACACUAGACAGCAGGAGUUGUGCUGGGUGUUACAAGGCCUUAUUCAGAUGAGACUAAUUCCUUCAGCUUCAAGAUUCAGCAUUAGCUCUUACUUUAUUAAAUAGUGAGCACAAUAAUGAAAUGACAAAAAAUGUUACUUGUUACUAUGAAAAUCUAUUGGUAUUGUGGUUUAACCUAGCAGACAGCUAACCACCACACAGCUGUUUACUCAAUCCCCUCUAAGUGAAAUGGGAGGGACAGCCAGAAAAAAGGUGAAACUCAUGGGUUGAGAUAAAGACAGUUUAACACGACAGAAAAGGAAAAUAAAAUAAUAAUAACAAUAAAAGAAUAUACAAAACAAGUGAUGCACAGUGCAAUUGCUCACCACAUGCCAACCAACACUCAAGCAGUCCCUAAGCCCAGUGCCACUCUCAGCCAACUCUCCCAGUUUUAUUGUUCAUCACAGUGUCAUAUGGUAUGGAAUACCCCUUUGGACAGUUUGGAUCAGCUGUCCUGAUUCUGUCCCAUCCCAGCUUCUUGUAACCCCUGCCUACGUGCUCUCAGGGCACCACAAGGAGUUGAAAAGUCCUUGACUUUUUAUAAGAACUACUCAUCAUCAACUAAAGAAUCAGAAUUUCAGAAUUUCAGAAUUCAUUCUUCAUUAGCCUGGGUGAUUCUUAUUGUAACACCAUUAAUAUGGCAUAUAGCAACCAUAGUAGUGAUUACAUAUAAUAGUGAUGCAUUAUUAUACCGCAGUUAACACUAUACAAUUCAAAUCCCUGUCUAUUCUCUCACAGCAUCAAAUUCCCUUGAAGUACACAUUGGACUUCCUUAUCAUCCUGUGUCACCCACCAUAUGUACCCAGGUCCUCAAGCAGAAGUUGGGUUUGCCUUUGCCUGAGGCUGAAAUAGCUCAGGCUGUCUUGUGCAGCAUGUUUUUUUCAUGUGCAGUACGAGGACUUCAUCUCCUUCUGCAGUGUGAUUGGGCAGGGACAGCUCAGUUAUCAAAUUCACUAGUUGUCACUAACCUCAUGGCUUUUGCUAAAUGUGUAUCCCAAUGUUUGAAUGGCCCAGUACCCAUUGCUCUCAGUGAAGACUUUAGAAGUCCAUUGUAGCAUUCAGUUUUACCAGAGGCUGGUGCACGACUGGGGAUGUGGUAUACUCACUCAGUGUCAUGCUCCUUGGCUCAGGUAUUCACAAGGUUAUUUCAAAAAUGAGCCCCAUUAUCUGAUUUAAUUCUUUCUGGGAUGCCAUGUCACCACAAAACUUGCUUUUCAGGGCUCAGGAUAGUGUUUUUGGAAGUGCUAUGGAGCACAGGAUAUGUUUCCAGCCAUCUGGUUGAACAAGCACAACUUGGAGAGCAGAAAAGCCAACAUUAUGACCAGCAACAAUGAAAAUACUAUAGUGUUCAUAACAAUUUUGUUUUAAUAUAACUUGUUAUAUAAAAUAUAUAUAUAUAUAUAUAUAUAUAUAACCUGUUUAAUAGACCUGUUCAGAUCUAUCAUUUUCUUAACUAGUUGAACUCCAUGUUGGGUGUCAAAAGGACUGUUGUGGUUUAACCUGUCCAGCAGCUAAGUACCACACAAUAUACCACUACCAUUUACUUACUCACCCUGCACUGGAAUGGGGGAGAGAAUCAAUCAAUCAAUCAAUCAAACACAUGGGUUGAAAUCAAGACAGUUUAACAGGAUAGAAAAGGAAGAAAAAAGAAUAUAAGAGAAUAUACAAAACAAGUGAUGCAAAAUGCAAUUACCACUGACUGAUGCCCAGCUAGUCCCUAAGCAGUGCCCACCUCCAGACAACUUGCCUAUGAUGAUGUUCAUAUGUUGUGGAAUAUCCCUUUGGCCAGUUUAGUUCAGCUGUGCUGGUUAUAUCUGCUCCCAGCUCCUUGUGCCCCCCCAGCCCCCUCUCUGUCAGGGCAGCAUGAGAAGUUGAAAUGUCCUUGAUUCAGUGCAAGAAAUGCUCAGCAACAACUAAGACAUUACUCUCAUACUAAAUCCUAACCACAGCACUGUACUAACUGUUAGAAAGAACAGUGAUUCUGUGAUUCUGUGAAAGAAAAUUAUCUAUCCCUGCUGAAACCAGGGCAGAUGUAUGCACUGAAAAGUUUUGAAAUAUAUGCUAAGUAUUAAGACUGUAAGUAAUGUGAGCACUGGAUCCAGUCAGCAUGGCAAUUCUUGUGCUGAGUUCUAAGGUAUGAGUUUUUUGCUGGAAAUGGAACCAGAGUACUUCAUAGAAACUCCACUCAAGUUUGUAUACGUUGCCUUCGGGAUGCAUUUGUCAAACUGUUUCAAAGAUUAAUAAAACAAGAGAGAAAUAUAUUUUAUAUUGAAAUGACAAAAAAUCACGAUUAAAUCCUAAACCACAGACAAGGCUUUAAUGCUACAGUGACAUUCCUGAAGCAUGUUGACUGUAUGUAAGUGAGACAGCCAUUUUAUGAAGAUUUUAGGGGGAUCUACAGGUAUCAUCAAGAUAUCAGGUAUCAUGUCCUGAAUGCAAAGAGAUACACUGACAGAAGUUGUAGUGUCAUGUACAGCCUAGGUAGUGAAUGAUGUGAAGCAAUGAAUGUAAAUCAUAUGGACUUCAUGCAUGCUGAAAGACAGUUUGCCUAGAUAUGUAUUCCUAGCUCGUGGAAGAUUUAUUCCAGUCUCUAUAAUAUUAGAUAUUGUUUCUAGUCUGUGCUCCUUCAGUGAGCAAUCCUACUUGAAAAAUUAGUAUAAUAGGUUCACAUUGUAAGUAACUAUGAAGGAGAAUGGGGAAAAACAGGUAAUUAGGGAAGGGAAAAUUAUAACGAGUUAGUUAAAAUGGCCCACCUAGAGUACUUCAUCCAGAUCUGGUGCCAAUACAAGAAGGACACUGAGCUGUUGGAGCAGGUCCAGAAGAGGGCCACAGAGAUGAUGAUCAGAGGUCUAAAGCACCUCCCCUACAGGGACAGGCUGAGAGAGCUCGGGCUCUUCAGCCUUGAGAAGGGAAUGCUCUAAGGAGAUGUUAUAGUGGCCUUCCAGUACCUGAAGAGGGCCUACAGGAAAGCUGGGGAGGGACUUUUUUUAAAAGGGCAUGUAGUGACAGGAUGAGGGGAAAUAGCUUUAGGAAAUUCAUAUUAGGAAGAAAUUCUUUACUGUGAGGGUGGUGAGACAUUGGAACAGGUUGCCCAGAGAGGCUGUGGAUGCCCCUUGAGCAACCUGGUCUACAGGGAGAUGCCCCUGCCUAUAGCAGCAGGGUUGGAACUAGAUGAUCUUAAAGGUCCCAUCUAUUCCAUGAAAACAAGGUAUUAUUUAUGCCUUGAUACUGCUGGCAAAAGAAUGUAAUUGUACAAUUAAAGAGAAAUGAUAGAUGAGAAAUUGAACCAAUUCUUACUGUUUUCUCAACAAUUUUAUUUCAGUAAGUGUGUUUAUUUGCCAGCUCACAGUAAUCCAGUGGCACAGUUACUUGUUUACUUGUCACAAGUUACCUCACUAAAGACAGAGAAUAUUUUAGAAUGCUUUCUUUUGGAUGUUUUGAGGUGCUCUGUCAUACAAUGAGCUAUGAACAUUACUGUCCUUAUCAGUGUGGAAAAUAAGACCCCAAACAGAUAAAAUACUAAUAGCAAAUACAUUGUUAUCCCACUGAAUGUGAACAGAUGUCAGAUGAACUGGCAGCAGAUCUUUCUAAAAUAGACAUUUCCUUUAAGUUCACCGACACUCAAUGACCACAGCAGCUCCUGCUUAAUAGGAGAUCUCCCUUCCUUAGCAAAUCCUGGUUGCAAGUUUCUUUAAAUGCCUCUUGCUAUCUGAGGUUGCCCAUAGAUUGUCCAAGAAAUAACCAGCAACAUAUUUGUCUUUUAGGAAACAUAUCAAAUAAAAUGAAAGAUGGACAAAGAGAGCAGCAAAAUAUGGAGCUGCAAAGUUCAUGCAAACUGAGUGCUGCCUGUGAGCAUUGCUGAGCAUGGAAAACAACUAGUUAGUGGUUCUAGCUACUCAUAUUCAUUUCUCAACCUGAAUAUAAAAAACAUACCAUGUCAUUUUCUCCCAUUUCUAAUCAGGCAAGGAUCAGUUAAAUAACCAGUAACUGUUGCUGAUUAUUCAAGAAUGUCACUCCUGUUGGUAUUGUAUUCUGUCUCGUAUUAUAUAAAAGAUAACAUCUGGGGUGAAAGGGUGAAGUCUGUCAGUAAGGUAGUCAUAUUUCAAGUCCGACAUGAAGAAUCUCAUUCUUAUUAUCUUUUCUUUUUUGAUUUUGAAAUGAAUUCUUCUUUUAUGCAACAAUGAGUUUUUGGACCUAGUUCAGGAAGGACCUUAAGCACAUGCAUAUGACCUGGAGACUUAAGCACAUGCUUAAAUUUAAGAGCAUCUUAACUGGUUUAAUGCACCGGAGCUUUUAACAUUAUAUUAUUAUUGGCUUUGGGAGCUGUGCAAAAAAGCACUGUGUAUAGCAGAGGCCAACUUCUAUGUUCCUUAUUGAAUCCAUGUGUCUACCCUGUGAUUAGUCUUGUUACUCCAAACUGAAAACUCUUUGGACUAAUUUUGGCUUAGUGUUAAUUCAUUUGACUUAGCCCCCAUUCUUCUGCUUCAGGACACAGCAUGUGCCACCAUUGCCUCAUGCCAUCCACUCAGCACAGCACCCCUCCUUACUGCUGUGAGUGCACUUGGGUGUGAGAAACAGAGCUGAGAGAAGAUGAGAUAGCAUUUAGACAACUGUCCUAGGAAGAAAGCAUAAAAUCUGGUCACGUCUGCAUCCAGUUAACUCAGACUGAGAGUGUCCUAGAAGGAUCAGUAUAAGCCAUACACAAUUUUCCUGUUGGAGGAAACCAUUUUGUUCGGUCUAGAUGGGACUCUGUGAGUGAACAGCCAUGUGUGCAAAUUGGUAACAAGGGGUCCACAGUCUGGGAGAGACAGAGGGCAUCAGUGUGUCUGUGCAAGCUGAGAGGGAAGCUUCUGACCUAUUUAAAUCUAACAGUCAAUUUUCAGCUAGUCAAAGUCAGUUAGUCAAAUUUUCAGGUGCUUCCUUAGUGAAAACCAGUAUGCUACAGAAAAGAGAAUCUAGGUGAUUAUUUGACAGUUGGUGGGCUUUCUAAUUAAUGCUGGCUAACAAUUCCAUUAUGGUUUCGGGUUUUUUGUGUAUUUUUUUCCUAACAUGAGCAGUUUUUAAGUGUUAGACUUCAAUCAAUAUAAUUCAUAUAGAAUAAUGAUUAUAAUUCAAAUAUAAUUCAUACAGAAUAGAUGUUUCAGCUUUAACUUUCACUCCUUGCUCAGGGAAAUCUCCCCCUGGAGUCAGUAGCUGCUUUGGAAGAUUCCCAUAUGGUAAUACAGGAUUGGAUGUAGAGUGGAAUGGUUGGAGUAAAAACAACCUUCUUAUUCAUGAAUGCUUCCCUUUUAAUAUUUGAAUAAUUAGUUCUAGUGCUAUAGACUACCUUCAGAGAACGAGUGUAACAAUCAUACUGGUUAGAUAUAUUCAUUAAUGUUACAGAAGGGCCAAUAAAUUGAUGUAAUAAACCAUGCAAUAGAAAUUUUAAUUCAUGGCACAAAUACUAUCAAGUGAUACAGAUAAUAAAACCAUAAACUCAUGAGAAAUAAUUAGGCCUAGAGACAUCAUCUUGUGGUUUCCAUACUGGAAAAAGUCACUUAAUUACUCUAUUGGAAAGGUAAUUAAUUGAGAAUCGUUUAUGUCAUCAUAUUCUCCAUGCAAUUAACUGAAACCAAAAGGUUCUGUGCAGUGAAUAGUUCAGAGAUUUGGUCGUGUAGCAGACAGCCUUUCACCUCCAGGUUAAUAGCCUAAAUUAUGAGUAGGUUGAUACAGGCAGCUAUUUGGAAACCUCUAGUAGAUGAUACUGUUAUCACAUUAGGGUUUUUCAUUCCUACUUUCAGUCAAGGAGACAAAGAACUAAAGUGAGACUCAUUUGACAUCUCUGUGCAUUUCUCAACACACAGACAGGAUGGCCCAGGAUGCUCUCAGUCCUGCAGCCAGCACCAUGCCUGCUUAUGAUUGCACAGAAGACUCUGCUGUCCUCAAGAACACUGGCUUUUUUUGAAGUAUGGUGCCUGUCUGGACAAAUGAAGUAUUCAUACCUGGAAGAACUCUUCAUUAACAUUCCUAAGUAAACACUUAAUAAGAAAAUCAUCUAAUAAUUGCAAAUUGGCAACAAUUGUUGCUUAGUCUUUAUAUGAAUUACUCAAAUGGAGAAUAGGCUUUGAAGAAAUCUUAUCCCCUUGACUUGAUACGAGUUUGGAUUGAUAUAUAGGGACAUGCACGACUGCAAAAUUUGAAAGACAUUCCAUGAAUCAAUGCUUACAUAUAUGAAAUUGGGAUAAAUUUGCUAUAUUUAACUAACCACUUCAGCAGUCACCAGAUGAAAAUGCUCCCAUCAAUUCUUUUCUUUAUAACGUGGUAUAAAAAGCCAGUCUCAUAAAUGCUGCUUGGCAAAUAAUUUAACCCUAAACUCUAAAUUUUCCUUUGCUGCUUUCUUUUGUAACACAUAUGUUAGACAAGAUUUAAAAGUACGGAAAGUUAACUCCCUUUGUGCAAGUUAAUGUUUUAAAGAUACAAAGAAGAUACUGAAGACAAUGAAGUGAGAAGAUUUUCCAUCUACACAAAAUCCUAAUGUGCCAAGCUGUUUCCAGUGAAUGAAAAAAGCAGUUAAAUAUAAUGACUUUUUAUUAGGAUUUGCAAAUCUUCUACUACCGCACUGUAAUUUUGCACUAUUUUGUAAGAAAAGAAAAGAAAAAAAAAAAAAAAAGGGAAGAAAAAAGGAAAUGAAAAAGAAACAGAGAAAAAAAAAUCUAAAAAUAGAUGCCAAAUGUAUAGUUUGUAAAAUACUAUUUUUCUUAUAUAAGGUGUCAUCACAUAGUGAAUCUAACUGUAUUAUUGUAAACUGUGAAAAAUGUGACGUACUGUUGUGACACAGCCUACCAAGGGUCAUUUCUAAUACACAGAUUAGUCACCUGGACUUGUUUAUAUACGAUACAUAUUCAUAAAUCUGGUAUCACUUUUAUAUACUUAUUUUUUGUAGACUAUUUUUCCACAUUUACAACACAACAGUUAUUUUAUAUCAAACAUUAAUUUUGCUUCAAAAUAUUAUUUAAAUAGGUGAGUGGGUGUCUUAAAUGUGCCAGAGGUUCAAAACUGUAACAAAGGUAAUUCAGAAAGUAUUAUUUGACAAACUGUAAUGCUGCUGAAAUCUAAAAUGUUUUAUUGAAGAAGCAAGCGCACUGUCAAUAAACAAUGGUUUCCAAUCCACAAUAAUGUUGAUAAUGUUACAUUUGCUAGGAUAAAUGCCUGAGAGUUAUGAGCUGCAUUUCCAUUCUGUCUUUCUGUCCACUGGCGAAAUGAUACAGGGUGCCACAGUUGAACACUUUGAUAAUGUGGCAAGAACUUGAACUCCAAAAUAUACUGAAUGAGAAUUAGAAGAAAACCCCUCAAGCUGCCCGUCCUGAUUUAAAUCCACUUUGGGAAUCAGUCAUCUUAACAUGGGAUUAUUGAUUGCUGUACUCAGGACUGUUUCUCAAGAAAGACAGUAAGUUCUGUGUGUAGAAACAUGGGACCACAUUUGUUCUCUUAGUGCAAGAUCAGGACCAAAGUCCCUUUCUUGUAUAUUGGAGCUUACACAUGUAGCAUUGUAUGGGAUCUGAUAUGAAUUCUUUCUUCAUGAUUUCAACUAAUGAUGUUUCUUGUACAAAAAAAGUUAAUAUUUUAUGUGUUUUAUAUACUAUAUAUAAUGCAUAAAUUCAUGUGUAAGAAAUAAUAACCGUGGAAAACUGGAUUUUAAUAAAAUUAUGAAAACCAUUCUUACCUUCAGGCACAUUUUAAGAUGCCAUGUUAAAAGGAAAUCUUGUAAAAAGCUGUAUUUUUUAUUUAUUAGUGAUUGUAUAUUUUGGCCCAUAACAUUUAUAACAGAGAUUCUACCAAACUAUUUCUUUGUUCCCUUAGAAUAAUCUCAUCACCCUGAGGUGCAUCUGAAAAAUGUAGAGGUUUAACCACUGAUGCUUUUCAUUAUAUUUUUAAUUAGAUGUUGUUGUUAAACUUCCUUCUGAUAACCUAUAACUAUGUUCAGAAUCUUAAACACAAUUUAACAGCAGUCAGGAGAUACCUACUGUAUGAAGCUACAGGUAACUGUAACCAUUUCAAGGACAUUCAUCAUUUAUGUGAAAUUAAUCUCUCUGAACUCUGACAUGGUAAACAAGCAGCUCACUGACUCUCAUCUAUUGAGCACUGUAAUUCUCCCCAAAGCAUAAACAAUGAAUUAUGUAAAUAAUAGUGCUCUAAAUAAGCCUAAUAAAUUACUGUAAUCGGUAUAUUUAAAAUAAAAGAAAAUCUUCUAAGUGUA